AUGUCCACCACCGGGAGCUCGUCGAACGCGCUACUGCUCGAGAAGACGCUGCACGACCCGCGCUACGUGCGUGGCGUGGCGCUGCUCCAGCAAAAGCGUCUGGAUGAAGCGAUUGUGGUGCUUGAGGAUAUGUUGCGCACGCUGUGCGAAGUGGAGAAGAAGGGCGACUCGCUCGAAGUCGCGCCAGUGUACUACGAAUACGGUCACGCGCUGCUGAGUCUCCACGAAACCAGCGCCGGGAUUUUCACCGGCGCUACUCCAGCUAAUGUUACUUCAAGCGCAGAGGGAGAGCAUAGUGGAGCUGCUGCUAUUGGACGACAGGAAAGUGAAGACGAGCCAAGCGGGGAACAGGAUAGGGCAAACGACGACGACUUGGAAGCUGCGUGGGAGAUGAUGGAGCUUGCGCGAGUCAUUUACGCGCGGUAUCCUGGCGACGAAGCAGUGGAGAAGCAGCUGGUGCGCGUGUAUACGAGACUAGGGGACUUGGGGCUCGAGAGCGAUCAAUUUGAACAGGCAAAGGCCGACUUUGAGAAGGCCCUGGAGCUCCGAGAGAAGCUGCUGAAGCGCAGUGAGGCCGAGGACACGACGCAGCUUGCUGACCUGUACUGUCAGCUGGCUAUUGCUUGUAUCUAUCGAGAUGCCAAGCCGGACAAGGAGACCAAGGAGACAGGAUCGAAGGACGAACUUGGCUACUAUGUCCUGGCUGGCCGCAUCAUGGCGGAGAAUAUUCAUCGUGUGGCAAAGAAGUGCAAUGACAAGCUGCGACUGUUUGUUGAAGCUCGUGUUCCCAAGUAUUGCGAGGAAGACGAUGGCGACGGUGCUGCGGAUGUAGAGGGAAAAAGGAAGCGCAAAGUGCCGACGACUGCAACUGGAGAGUUGACGCUGUCGUUGGAGUUCCACGGGGACCGUCCUGAUGCCGUGGGUGACGCGUUCUUGGCUUGUGUCGACGUGCAGAAGGAGGAGAAAGACACGCUGAAAGCGGACGAGAAGACGCUGCUAGAGUACUUGGAGAUUUAUGUGGAAAUCAAGGAGAAGGUUGAUGGGAUCAAAGAGUCGACGGGUAAAGCAGGAGCCAAGGAAGAAGAGGCCAAGGAAGAAGGAGCCAAGGAAGAGGACAAGGCGGUGACAACGGUUGGCUUCGAAGCGUCAGAUGCUGUCGCUUCGACGGUGAACGUGAUGUCGGUAAAAAAGCGAAAGACAGCGGCACCUGCAGCCACGGUCGAUGAGGCGACGGAAAGCCCUGUGCUCGCCGAUAGCAACUGA